CUCCUUUUUGUUUCAUUUUAGCUAUCUUUUCCAUGAAGUCCGUUAUAGGGCAAGUUCCUCAAAGGGUUCGUGAAAGAGUUCUUGAUCCAAUUUCUGAAAGAAUUAGUGAAAUAACUCGUGAAAGAGUUCUUGGAGUUGUAGGAGAACACAUAGAUUGUCACAUAAACUGCCAUAAGUAUGUGGAUGAUCUAAAAAAAAGAGUGGGAGACUUAAAACGUAAGAGAAGUGAUAAAGAAGCAGAACUAAGAGUAGUGGAUCUCUCAGAAAAAAUGGUCAGAGAAGAAGUGAAGGAAUGGCUUGAAGGUGCAAGGAAGGCCAUUGAUAUGUCAGAUAUUGAGGAAGAGGUUAAGAAUGUUUCAUACUUGUCACGUGGUAGCCUUGGAAGACAUGUUCGUCAAAAGAUUCAAGAGGUGAGAGAAAUUUACGAUCGAGGCAAUUUCACUGAAGGUCUUGUAAUGGAAAGGCCUCCAACUAUUGGAAUCCCUUUGCCAACAGAGAAUAUGAUGGGCAAGGUUGAUGUGAAGGAAAAAAUUUGGGGAUACUUGAGAGGUAGUGAGGGAAUGAUUGGAGUUUGUGGAAUUGGUGGAAUUGGCAAAACUACUAUUAUGAAACACAUCCAUAAUGAAUUACUAAAUGAGGCUAAUGGGUUUGAAAAGGUUAUCUGGGUCACAGUAUCACAUCCACUCAAUGUUGUAAGAUUACAAGGUGACAUUGCAAGAAAAAUGAACAAAGGCCUUCGAGAAGAUGCAGAUGAGUUGGAGCGGGCAUCAAGAUUGAUGGGGAUUAUGAAAACAGUGAAAUAUGCAUUGAUCUUAGAUGAUGUGCGAGAUAAAUUUAAUCUUACAAGAGUUGGAAUCCCAGAACCAACAAUUGAAAAUGGGUGCAAAAUUGUUAUUACUAGCAGAUCAGUUGAUGUCUGCAACUAUUUGAGAUGUCAAAUAGUUAAGGUGCCACCUCUACCAGAGCAAGAGUCUUUGAACCUGUUUUUAGAUAAGGUUGGGUUAGAUGUUUUAGAAAUUCCUCAUUUAGAAGAGAUAUUGAAGCCUAUGGUGGAUGGAUGUGCUGGUUUGCCAUUGGCCAUUGUUGCCACUGCUGGUAGAAUGAGAGGAGUAAAUGAUAUUUGUGUGUGGAGAAAUGCAUUACUUGAGUUGCGUCAAUAAUAAUAUGGGAAGAAGAGGAAGGAAAUCAAAACAACUACUACAAUAUUCACUCUUCCAAAAAAGGGAAUUGUAUUUGAAUUGUUUACUAGAAUUGAAGAGAAUUUGCCCUGAAAAUGAAGUAAUGGUUUGUGAUUCUCAAUUCCAUUACCUUGGAAGGAUGAUUCUUCUCUAUGUUUUUGGCAACAGGCAACUGUCUCCUUUCCUGCCCUGUAAGAAAUUAGAAUAAAAGCAGUAGUAGAAUGGUGAAAAUAGGUGAAGUGGGACAAUACUGAAGAUGAGAAUAAUCUCCCACCUUUCGGCAAAUGCUUGUAUAAUAUAUUUUCAUUUAUUUUUCUUUUGUCUCUGUUUUUCCAUCACUUGUGUUUCUCUAUGUUACUUCAUAAAUAAAAACCUCUCUUUUUC